AUGAUCUCGUUGUCCGUCCCGCGUACUUCUCGCUCGUUGAGUCCAGCGAUGGCAAGAAGUGCUCCAAGUUCGCCAAUGACAAGAUAUGGACCAGGUGGAAUGGAAUCAAUGUCAGCUCGUGACCGUUCGGGAAGUAUCUCCCUCUCCCCACGGAACAUUAUUCCGGUUUGCUCUCAAUUGACACCAUCCCAAGUGUCCGUUGUCCGUAGAUCAUGGAGACAUAUCAACACGAAAGGACUCAUCAUUGUCUUGACUCGUUGCUUCUCUAGACUCGAAUCCAACUGUCCAAUCGUCUCUCAAUGCUUCCAAUCUGCCACCUACUCAUUGUCCACCAAUCCAAACGGAGUUCGUACUGUAGCCGAUCACGCCAAGUAUCUUCUUCAACUUCUCGAUAAGAUUAUCGAAGGAGAUGUUGACUCCGAGUUCCUCCGCGAGAUCGGUGCAAACCACGUCAACUUGAAACACGAAAACGGUUUCAGCACUCAAGAAUGGGACCGUUUCCAGGAGAUAAUGGUCGAAGUGAUUCUGAAACAAGAUGGAGUGAAACAGAGUAAAGAGACCAGUCGGGCAUGGAGACUUCUCAUCUGUUCGUUCAUCGAACUCAUCCGUGACGGAUUCGACGCCCAAGUCCGUCAAUUCAGAAGAAAACACUCGUUCAAUGCACACGUUCAGUACUUUGAGAAUAUCGAUAAACGUGUCGGCGUGUGCCCAAACCGAAAAAUCUCGCUCAACGUGGAUCCACGUACUCCACCAAAUGGAGUCAGAAAGUAUUCACAAUACUAA